GUAAAGUGUCUGUGUGUGCUUAUGUUCCUGAGCUUCCCGGUCUCCAUGGCUGAGAUCCCCGGACCAUGCAGGCACUCUAUAACUAGGGACCACCUGCUGACACUCAAACAUCUGAUGGAUAACCAAUUGAGAAGCGGGUGCUCAAUAACCUACACAUUCAUCGAACAGAAAUCUUUGAGCAAGUGUUGCUUUGUGAAAGCUGCCUUACCCUGGAUAUUGGAGCUCCUCACCACCCACUUCAAAUAUAACAGGGGUUCAGUCAACUACACCUAUGUUCAGUCUUUGAGGGCACUCAUCCUCAACAUCUACUCCCAGAAAUGUGUUCCUCAGAUCAACGAGGAGAUUGAGGACAAGCCAGAGAGUUUUGAAGUGCUUUACAGGGGAUCCCCUACAGAGGCGCUGCAGAGAGCUUCGGGAGUGCUGUCUGUAUACUUGGAGCUGGUAAAGACAAGUGACGCACCAUUGGACUGGAGUUGCCAGUAUGAAUACUCAAAGUUGUUUGGUUCAAGCACAGAGCAACCAAAAGCGUCCCCCACACAAGGCUGCACAGACAGUUAUGUUACGAGGUCACAGAAAGCCUCUCAGAGGAGACCAAUGAGAGACCUAUACAAGCUUGGCUUCGUCAUCGCCUCCAUCUUCGGAGCACUACUGCUCCUAUUUACUCUCUUCUGUCUAAUCACACAAAAGUGUCGAGCAAAGAUGUUUUACCGCCACAUUCAGGAUAAUCUGGAUAUUGCCUUGUUGACCAAAACGAACACUGAACAAAGCUGGCAGCAACACUUGGCCCACGUGGCCCCUUCUUGGCCCCUGCUUCAGAAAAAUCCUUGA